UCAAUAUAGAGAUAAACUGCAUUUAACUGGCCUUUAUUGGUGUUGUGCUGGUCUGGCUUGCAGAGCCGACCUAUAAUCACUUCUUCAUUUAAGUCUGGACAGGGUUCGCCGCCUCUCUGAUUUUUCUCAGUUUGUUCCGGCACCUUUCAACGGAUCCGGUAUCCAUUGCGCAUUAUUCGUUAUUUUCCAUCGCUAUGUUGCGUUUUGCACAAACAUUACACUAAAAGCGUUCAGUGUUCAUGAGGUUGUCUAUUUCUGUAGCCUCAACACCGCCUGACAAGAUUGGGAACGUUUUUGCUUUUUAUUUGCGCAACUGAUGUGUUUCAUUCACGUCGAUUUGAUCGUGGUGGAAUUUAAGGGAUAGCCUAUUGAACGCGCAAGAGACGCGUGUCCGUCGGAUAAAAUGAUCCGCCUCAUGCCAGCCAACAAAUGUGAGGAAACCAUGUCGGUCUCUUCGAUGUCAGACUCUUCCCCCUGCUGCUCGUGUUCCUGCUUCAAACAAAUGAAACAGCGAUGUCCCCGACCACACGGCUUUCUGGCCCACGCUGUCACUAAGGUGGUUAUGGGAGCGUUGUUGUUUGGACUGGUCUGGUCCAUCACUGAGCAGUGCUAUCCAGGGGGGAAUCUGUUCGGCAUCAUCAUCUUGUUUCUCUCUGCCGUGUGUGGAGGAAAACUGGUGGAAUUGAUCCAACUACCAACAAUACCCCCGUUUCCACCUCUACUUGGUAUGUUACUAACAGGUCUCAUUCUCCGUAAUGUUCCGUACGUAACGGAUGCAGUCCACAUUGAGCAGGCCUGGUCAGCGGCUCUGAAGAGCAUCGCUCUGGCCAUCAUACUGACCCGUGCUGGACUGGGCCUUGAUCCCACGGCUCUCAGCAGGCUCAAGGCGGUGUGUUUGCGAGUGGCAGUUGGACCGUGUACAUUGGAGGCCUCAACAGUAGCUGUGAUGUCACACUUCCUGAUGGGCCUGCCCUGGAUCUGGGCAUUCAUACUGGGGUUUAUCCUCAGUGCGGUUUCUCCAGCUGUGGUCGUUCCCUCCAUGUUGUUGCUCCAAAAGGAUGGUUACGGGGUGGAGAAGGGAAUCCCCACCCUCCUGAUGGCUGCUGGGAGUUUUGAUGACAUCUUGGCCAUCACAGGGUUUAGUACCUGUCUGGGUGUGGCCUUCGCUACAGGCUCUACCUGGAUGAACAUACUAAAAGGUGUACUAGAGGUGGUUGGGGGGUCGGUGGCUGGACUGCUCCUAGGACUCUUCAUCUGUUUCUUUCCCAGUCUGGACCAGGAGGAUGUGGUUCUGAGGAGGAGUGCCAUGUUGCUGGGUCUGGCUGUGUUUGCUGUGUUUGGUAGUCGAGUGUCUGGUUUCCCUGGAGCAGGAGGUCUCUGUACUCUGGUCAUGACCUUCCUAGCUUCCCUGGGCUGGGGGACAGAGAAGGCCCCAGUAGCAGCUGUAGUGGGAAGGUUCUGGGAUGUCUUCCAGCCACUGCUGUUUGGACUGAUAGGAGCAGAGAUCACAAUAUCUACACUGAACCCCAACACAGUAGGUCUGGGCAUGGUGUGUCUGGUUGUGGGUCUGGUCAUUAGACUCCUCGUCACGUUCCUCAUGGUUUUCUUCGGAGGCUUCAACAUGAAGGAGAAACUGUUCAUCUCUGUGGCCUGGCUCCCCAAAGCCACUGUCCAGGCAGCAGUAGGUUCUAAAGCACUAGACAUGGCCCGUUUAUCCGGGGAUGAGGUUCUGGUGAAGUAUGGUCUGGAUGUUCUGACUGUGGCGGUUCUGGCCAUCCUCACGACAGCACCUAUAGGAGCUCUGGGGAUCGGCCUGGCAGGACCCAAACUACUGAGAAAACACAUACAGAGUGACCCUGAGGUCGUGAUGGAUACGCCGCAGAAAGAGAACGCCACCUUCGAGAGCAAACUGUAACCAUUCUGAUUAGACAGUGAAGGUUAUUGACUACGUCCAGAAAUGAACAUGAGGGUUAUAGACUAUAGGUUAAUAAUAUAAUAUGAGGGUUAUAGACUACAAGUUGAUAGUUGAAUAUGAGGGUUAUAGACUAUAGGUUAAUAAUAUAAUAUGAGGGUUAUAGACUACAAGUUGAUAGUUGAAUAUGAGGGUUAUAGACUACAAGUGAAUAAUUUAAUAUGAGGGUUAUAGACUAGAAGUUGAUAGUUGAAUAUGAGGGUUAUGGACUAUAGGUUAAUAAUUGAAUAUGAGGGUUAUAGACUACAAGUUGAUAGUUGAAUAUGAGGGUUAUAGACUAUAGGUGAAUAAUUGAAUAUGAGGGUUAUAGACUACAAGUUGAUAGUUGAAUAUGAGGGUUAUAGACUACAAGUUGAUAGUUGAAUAUGAGAGUUAUAGACUAUAGGUUAAUAAUUGAAUAUUGUUCUCCCUGGGAAUAUGAGGGUUAUAGACUACAAGUUGAUAGUUGAAUAUGAGGGUUAUAAACUAUAGGUUAAUAAUUAAAUAUGAGGGUUAUAGACUACAAGUUGAUAGUUGAAUAUGAGGGUUAUAGACU